GUUGUCAAUCUUAGAGCAUCUCCACUCGUCCCCCCGACGAGGCCCCCGAGCGACGUUUUUUCCAUCCGGACGGCGAAAUUCGGCCCAGUCGCGCCCCCGGUUCCUCGUUUUCGUCCGGAUUUGGCCCUUAAUCCAUCCGGCGAGCCCACGCCACCCCCGGCCCCCCGGGGAGCGCUCGGGGACUCCGGACGAAAGAUUUUGGCGCGAAACGGCGUGUGGACCCGCGUAGUCGGCGACUGGAAAACCAAAUCCUGUCGAUUUUCCCUCCAAUUUGCUUGCAUAUCCCCAUUCCCUCCAAUUUGCUUGCAUAUCCCCAUUCUCUCCCGCCGAAAUCCCCCAAUCUCCUCGUCUUCCAGCUCCAGUUCCUGGCGGCGUCUUCUCGUCCACCACCACUCUCCUCCUCGUCUUCUCGUCCACCACAAUGCCGCCGAAGGCGCCGGCGAGGAAGAUGCGGGCGAAGAAGACGAAGCCGCCGGGCAUGUCGAACGCCGAGUGGGCGGCGGACGAGAAACGGCGCGAGGUGGAAACAAGCGCCAGGGCGGAGAGGGUGAAAAGAGCCGCCGCCAAGAGGUCGGCGGAGGCGGCCCAGGACGAACAAGCGAGGCUGAUCAGCAUGGCCUAUAGCGGCGGCAUGUUCCCCGGCCAAUGGCCGACGCAAGGUACAACAAGUUCCCCGUCUUCCUUCUCGCCUUCGCUGUACUCGCCGUCGCCGACUGCCGUGUUCCAAGAGGGCGCCUACGUCCAACCGUCCAAGCCCACACCGUCGCCGCCCGAGCUUGACGUCGGCGGCGGCGGCCUGUUCGAGGGCACCUCGCCGGCCCUGCGACGAGGGCCGCUCACGUUCGGUGCGAUGGCGGCGCCGAACGAAGAGGAGAUCCACGAGAUGAUCACCUCCGGCUCCACCGCCGCCGCUGCGAGCCCGGGGUUCUUCAUGACCGCCGCCGCUGCGUGCCCGGGGUUCUUCACGCAAGAGGAGACGAGGGCGACGGCAGCUGUGGCGGCGCGCAACGAGCAUCGGGAGGAUGUUGCCGACGGAAGCCAAGCCGUCGAAGAAGAAGGCGAGGAAGAAGAAGAGCCAACUGAAGCCGCCGCCAACCUGUCGAAGGGGAAGAAGAAGAGGAAGAAGGACUCGCCGCCUGCCGAACCGCGUAUCAAAUGGACGCCGAAGGAAGAGGAGUGCCUCGCCGAAGCUUGGAUGACCGUGUCCACGAACGGCAUAAUCGGGGCCAAUCAGUCGUUCGACACAUACUGGUUUCGAGUGAGGCAGGCGUACGAGGAACGCAAGCUCGUCGAUCCCUACUUCAACAAGACGAACAUGAACGUGUACCGGGGAGACAAGGCGAUGGCCACCCAUUGGGGGAUCAUGCAGACGGCGUGCAGCAAAUGGCACGGCGUACAGGAGGAGAUCGACAAACGGCCGAUCAGCGGCCACGACUUGGAGCAAAGGCUGCGCCGAGCUUUGGACAUGUACACGGACGACACCGGCCUGCAGUUCAAGUUCCUCAACGUCUACGCCCGCCUCGAGAAGUGCGAGAAGUGGAAGGAAGUUCGCACGUCCCUCUCGAAAAGCAAGACCGAGCAGUACAACCCCAACGCUCCGCCGGCUUGCGCGGCGGAAGGGCGCCCUGAGCUCGGCCAGAAGAAGCAGAAAGAGCUCAAACGGACGGACAAUCCCGCCGACAGGAUGCAGGCGUCGAUCGACAAGUGCUGGGCCGACUUGAGAUCGCACGCCGACGGGAGGAACGACAAGUUCGACGGCAGGUGGCGGGAGAUGCUCGCCAACCAAGGCGCCCGGAUCGCCCUGCUGAAGACGACGGUGGCGGCGAAGAAGAGGAACACAGACUUGGCGUUCCUCAUGGGCGGCGGCGACAUGGAACUGAUGGACGAGGAGACGAGGAAUUGGUACCAGGGCCACCGCAACGACAUCCUCCGAGCCACUACGUCGUCUCCGCCGGCUCCUACCUCGUCUACCUCACCAUCUACCUCGUCGACUGCGGCUGCUUCGACGUCCACUGCCGCUGCUUCAUCGUCGCCCGCCGCAGCCGCUUUGGCCACGGCGUGUGAGGAAACUGGUCCGUCGGACACCGCCGUGCCGGCCGGGACUGCCGACGAGCCUGUCUCCGUGUAAUUUCCCUCCGAUCGCCGAUCUGUGGCUGAUCCUUUUGCUCCUUUUGCCGAUCAACUGGCCGUACUUGUAGCGCGGGACGGCGAUUUGUUUGAAUUUAAACUCUAUCCGCCGAACUCCGGGUGGACGACUGGAAAUAUGGUACUCCCCACGCCUUAAUUUCGUCCAAUCCGGCGGUAGUUUCGUCCGGAUUUGGGCGUGGGGAGCGCCAACGAGUGGGGAUGC